AUGUCAGGAGUGUAUAAACAAGCAUUAAAAUCUUUACAACCUGGUACACAAAAUGCACUUGUAAUUGGUAUAAUUGUAAAUAGUUUCAAUAUGAAAACGAUUGAUGCUACACGAACGAGAUUUAACAAUGGCGAUCGAAGUGUAUGGACAUUCACGUUACGUGAUUCUAUAGAGGAUUCUAUAAAUGUAACUAUAUGGGGCAGCAUACAAUUUGUUACAAAAUUGUUUUCCAAUUUUCAUAUUGGUAGCGUAGUGGAGGUAAUUAAUCCAAAAGUAAUCGCGCGUCGUCCAGAAGACAGGAAUGAACUUUUCAUGCCGUGGGUGUCCAGCGCAUGCAGCUUGACCGUAAACGAGGGCAACGCGUUAGUACAAAUUCAUGAUGCACCAACACGCGCAAAAUAUGAACCUUUACUGAUGCUCCCGAUUAAGAAUCUGAACGGACUACGAACUUUGAAAAGCAUUUUUGAGAACUUAGAAGCGCUACGCGAUCAAUAUGUCGACAUCUUGGUGGUUGUUACCUUUAUCAGUGAUAUUCGAAAUGUGAUAACACGUGAUGGCAGAGACAUAAAGUUCCGUAAUUUUGAAGCAGUGGACGGAUCCACGGAUGAAGUAGUGUCUUUAAUACUUUGGGAAGAUGAAUGGAUCGAAAAGGCAGCUUUAUGGGAACCUAAACGCACUGUACUUCUUCUUGUGGAUGUUCGUAUCGCAUACGACAAUUUUAAAAAAAAAACUGUUUUAUCUACAGCUAGAAAAACGAUGAUUACCGAAAAUCCAAAUAUAUCGCAAACCACGACUAUAAGAAACGCGGUACAAUUUUACGAACACGAUAUUAUGUCCGGAAACUUUGUGACACCGAAUCCGGAUACGAUUACGAGUGUUAUGACUAUUCAAGAAAUUUCGGAAAAGUUGAACAGAAAAUCAAAACAAGGAGAAAGAAUUCAAUUUGCCACGAUUUUAAAGGCUUACGUAAUGGAUAUAAACGUGGAAAAUUUAAAUCCUGGAAUAAUAUCUAUAAGAUGUGCUUUAUGUAAGAAAAUGAUUCCUGAUAAUCGAGACUCGUGUAUGAAUCUCGAAUGUCCUUCAGGCAACGGUACUCGCGUGCCUUUAAAUAUAAUGAGCCUUAAUCUAAAAGUCAAUUUAAGAGACAGCACAGGAUAUCUUAUUGGUUGUCGAUUAUUCGGAGAUGCAGCUGAACGUGUUCUUGGUUGCACAGUUAAUGAAUUUCAGGAGAUGAUACUUCCUCAACGCACUGAAUUAAAAUGGAAAUAUACAUUAGAAAAAUGUGAUAUACGAUUGCACGUUCUCGGUCCAACAUCCACUUUUCCAAAUGCUGUAUAUAAUAUCCUAUCGAUUUGUCGAAUUCAAGAAAAUGAAGAAAUAGAGGAAGAUAAUCAACUGAUCAAUGAUGAUUUUGUCUCGAAUGAUUAUUAAAUUCUUUGAUAAGUUAUUAUUUUCCAAUUAAUUAUAAUUAUAAUUAUAAUAUAU